AUGUCACCCGGUCAGGAACCCGUUUUCCCUGAGUAUGAGAGUGACACCAGCCAGACGUCGAAGCUGCUCAGGAAGUUCAAGGAGACGCCGUUUGUACCCAUCGGGAUGGCUGGCUUCGCCGUGGUGGUCGGCUACGGGCUGUACAGGCUGAAGCACAGAGGGGAGAUGAAGAUGUCCCUCCACCUGAUUCACAUGCGUGUGGCAGCCCAGGGCUUCGUUGUGGGAGCCAUAACCUGUGGUGUGUUGUAUUCCAUGAUGAGGGAGUACGUGUUCAAGCCCAAGGAGUAA